AUGGGAUCUGCGAUUCUUUCCGGCGCCUUGGGGCUGUUUGACGGCGUUUCGCACCUGGAGCUCGGCCAGGUGGUCAUGAUGGCCAUCGCGGGGGUGCUGCUCUACCUGGGAAUCAGGAAGGGGUUCGAGCCGCUUUUGCUGGUGCCCAUCGGGUUCGGCGCCAUCCUCGUGAACAUCCCCCAGGCCGAGCUGAUGGCCGAGGGCGGGACGCUCCGGUUCUUCUACGACUUCGGCAUCCGCACCGAGAUCUUCCCGGUGCUGAUCUUCCUCGGCAUCGGCGCCAUGACCGACUUCGGGCCGCUGUUCUCCAACCCCAAGAUCAUCAUGCUGGGGGCGGCCGGCCAGUUCGGCAUCUUUUUGACACUGCUGCUGGCGCUGGGCCUGGGCUUCGACAAGCUGGACGCCGUGGCCAUUGCCGUCAUCGGCGCCUGCGACGGGCCCACCGCCAUCUACGUCAGCUCGCGCUUUGCGCCGCACCUGCUGGGGGCGGUGUCGGUGGCCGCCUAUUCGUAUAUGUCACUGGUGCCGCUGAUCCAGCCGCCCAUCAUGCGGGCGCUGACCACCGCCCGGGAGAAGCAGAUCGUCAUGGGGAUGGUGCAGCAGGCGCCGGCGUCCAAGACCAUGCGCAUCCUGUUCCCCAUCGUCGUCACGGUGGUGGCGUCCAUCAUCGCGCCCCUGGGGACGCCGCUCAUCGGCAUGCUGAUGCUCGGCAACCUGCUCCGGGAAUGCGGCGUGGUGGAGCGGCUCAAGCUGGCCUCGGAGAACGAGAUCGCCAACAUCGUGACACUGCUGCUGGGACUGUCCAUCGGCGGCACCAUGGCCGCGGAACGGUUCCUGCAGGUGCAGACCCUGAUGGUCCUGGGCCUGGGGCUGGUGGCCAUCGGCCUGGACACGGUGAUGGGGGUGCUGUUCGGCAAGCUCAUGUGCUUCUUCACCCGCGGCAAGAUCAACCCGCUCAUCGGCGCCGCCGGCAUCUCCGCCUUCCCCAUGGCCGCGCGGGUGGUGCAGAGCGUAGGACAGCGCUACAACAAGAAGAACCACCUGCUGAUGCACGCCAUGAGCGCCAACGCCGGCGGCCAGAUCGGCUCGGUCAUCGCCGCCGCCAUCAUGCUGUCGGUGCUGAGGGGCAUGGGGAUAUCUGAGGAAAAUGGCGCUUUUCGAACCCGCUGGGGACGAACGGAAAAAGCUUGCGCCCUUCGACUUGCGCCCUUCGACUUCGCUCGGCUGCGCCUCGCUACGCUCAGGACGAACGGGGUUGUGGAAUGGGAUAUGGUUUUCCAGCACCACCCGAGUUAUGGUCUUCCAGCACCGCAAGGGAUACGGUCCCCAGCGCCUCACGCCCUGCCUCCUCCACCGUUCGUCCUGAGCGUAGCGCCGCGCCAGCGGCGCGAAGUCGAAGGACGCAAGCAUCCUAGGCCAGGAUCUGGAAUCCUAGGCCAGGACCUGGAAUCCAAUCCGUGCUACAAUCCAUGA